AUGAACGCUGUCAUCAGCUUCGCUGAUAUAAUAGACGUCUUCCCUGACUCCCGGCUGACGCUUCCUCCUUUCCAAAACGCCGUUAAUGCGAAUACUGGCAGUCUGCGCUCCAACUUGGCCUCACCAAACACAGCAUAUCGGACAUUUUGCAUCCUCUUAGUAACCUCGCCCGCCUGUCCGCCAGGUCCGUUGCCACCCGCACGACCGUCCCUCCAUCAAGUCGGCUCCACCCCCCUUAGCAGAUCCAGUUCCAAGGUCCGUGGACGCCAGUCGACCCCGGUCUCAGCAACAACCACUUCCGAGCUGACCGGCAAUACGUCCAGCCGGUUGGAUUUCUCCAGUCCGAGAGAUGCGUCUGAGCGACCGGAAGGCGUUAGAGGAUGUCCAUUUGUUUCUACCGCUCUCCUCUACCUACAAGCCCCAUCGCCUGAGGUGAUGCGAGUCUGGAUUGAUGCCCUAUUCACCUGUGCUGGCGCCUACCUCACCUUGAGUGCACCUUCCUCCGAGCACGGCUAA